AAUGAUCCUGAUUGUUGCUGUUGCUUAUCUAUUAAGCAAAAUUAUUUGGCAAAAUUCGGUUAUUUGCCACAGAGUGCAAUCGAAACAGGGAAUCUACGGUCAGAGGAACAAUUGCGUGAUGCGAUACGAUCUUUACAGGAAUUCGGUAAUAUUCCUGUAACAGGCGUGGUGGAUGAUGCUACAAUAGAAUUACUUCACAAAAAACGAUGUGGGGUCAAAGAUAAAUUAAAAGGACGAUUUAAGAGGUUUGUUCUGCAAGGACAGAAGUGGCCGAAUGCCAGUUUGACAUGGAGGUAA